AUGAGAACAAGCGACUUGUACAAGUCUUCUGGAAUAGAAAUAGAUGAGCAUGGGAUUACUGAAAUAGCAAAAAUAAAUGAAGAAGAAACACAAAAUGAACAAAAAACUACAGAACAAGAGGAUAUCCAAGAUAAACAUGAUUUAGACGAUGACUCUGAUCAUUUCAGUGAAGUAGAUGAAAAUGAAACACAUGUUGGUAAUACAGAUACACUAUUAGAUCACAUUCCAGACGACAAUCCACCAUGUGAUUCAAAUUUAACUUUUGCUCCUGGUGAAGGUCAACGACCAAUUAGCCUCUAUAGUGAUCCUGAUGCAGAGUACUUAUCUUUUCCAUCUAUAUUUUGUGGUCAAAGAAGGCCAGAUAAUAAAGACAGGUCUGUUUCUGUUCACUAUUCUGAUAUUGUAAAAUGGGAACUUAGGUCCAUGGAUAGGAGAGUAGCACAAUCUGUACCAAACAUUUUUUUUAAAUUAAAGAAAAUUCAGUUAAAAAACAUAAGUGAUAAGGUCAAUCUUGCUCUGAGAAGGUGUCAAUCAGAAGGAAAAAAAUGGACAGCAAAAGAUGUACUAAAUCCUAACACUGUAAAUGAUCUUGUAAGAUUAGAUGAAGGUUAUUACAUCUUUAGAAGUUUAAGAAACUCUCCAGUAUACCUUGAAAAAAGGAAAAAAGAUUUAUUUGCAAUGAUCAGACAGUUGGGUCUUCCGACAUGGUUUGGCUCUCUUUCAUCUGCAGACACAAACUGGAAAGAUUUGUUAAGAAUUCUAGGCAAAUUAAAUGAUGGAAAAGAGUAUACUGACAAUGAAUUGGAAGAAAUGGAUUGGAAUCAGAAAUCUAAACUUGUUCAGAAAGACCCUGUGACAUGCUCUAGAUAUUUUGAUUAUCGUGUCCAACAGUUUAUUAACUUGGUGUUGAAAAGUGAUCAUGAUCCAAUUGGAAAAUUAACAGAUUUUUUUUAUAGAGUUGAAUUUCAACAGAGAGGUUCACCACAUAUUCAUAUCUUGAUUUGGAUUGAAAAUGCACCAGUAUAUGAAAGCGAUUCAAAUGAAGAUGUUGUAGAAUUUAUUGAUAAAUAUGUCUCUUGCUCACAUUCAGAAAAUGACACUAGUUUAGUCAAUUUGCAGGUUCAUAAACAUUCAAAAACAUGCAGAAAAAAAGGUCAUCCAAUAUGUCGUUUUGGUUUCCCCCUUCCACCUAUGAAAGCAACAGUAAUUUUAGAGCCUUUGACAGAAAAUGAUGACAUUGAAAAUUACAAGGAAAUAUAUAAAGAAAUACAAAACGAAAUAAAUACACUUCACAAUUAUGAAGAUAUAGACCAGAUGACAUAUGACAUGUUUUUAGAUGAUGUUUUACAAAUGAAUGAGGAAAAUUACAUUAAAGCCAUUAGAAGCAACUUGAGUGGUCCAAAAGUUUUUCUCAAAAGAAAACCAUCUGAAGUCCGUGUCAAUGGUUACAUGAAAACUGUGUUGAUAGCUUGGCAAGCAAAUCAUGAUUUACAGUUUGUUUUAGAUGCAUUUGCAUGUGCAGUGUAUAUUGUUUCAUACAUAAGCAAGUCACAAAAAGGUAUGAGUGCAUUACUAGACCAAGCAGCAAAAGAAGCACGACAGGGUAAUUUAGAUUUAAAGCAUCAAGUAAGGCACAUUGGGAAUUACUUUUCAAAUUCUGUAGAAACAAGCGCACAAGAAGCAACAUACUUAACACUACAGAUGCCUUUAACAAAAGCUACAAGACAAGUUGUCUUCAUUAACACAUCUCCACAACACAAAAGAACUUUCCUCCUAAAGCAAUCAUCAGCCCUAGAAAAACUAGGCCCAGAAUCUACUGAAAUAGAAUCCGAUAAUGAUAUUAAAAGAUACUCGCGUAGACCAAAACAACUUGAAAACUGGUGUCUAGCAGACUAUGUAUCUCAGCUUGAGUUGCAGUAUCCUAAAACUUCAGACUUAUCAGACCAUGAAAAUGAAUCUGAAAGUGAAAAUGAACAGACAAAUGCAGAUCUAAUAGAUGAAAACACUAACAAAAUCGACAUAACCCUGAAGAAUGGUAUUAGGAUAUACCAAAGAAAAACACCAAAGGUGAUAAGAUAUGUUAAAUACAAUUACAAGACUGACUCUGAAAACUUCUACAGAGAACGCUUAAUGUUAUUUUAUCCAUGGAGAAAUGAACUUUUAGACUUGCAAUGUGGACAUGAAACAUUUGAAAACAUGUACCUGACUGUUGCAAGACUGUUAGAAAAGAAAGCUAAGCAAUAUGAAGGUAAAGUAAUAGAUCUAGAGAAAGCUAUAGAAGAAGCAGAAAAUGAUUGUAAUGAGAAUGAUCAAAUAGCACCUGCCACACAGCAAGUAGAAAUGGAAGAUGCUGAAAUAGGCCCAACAGAAUCAGAACAGUAUGUUCAUUUCAAUCCAGAUAGACCAACAGAACAUAGACUGUAUGAUAUGUCCCGUGAAGUUGGAAUAGAAGCAAGAACAGUAGAAUUGACGAAUCAUGCCAACAGAAUAAGUGAAAGUGAUUAUUUUUCAUUGAUAAGAUCCUUGAAUAAGAAGCAGUGGGAAUUUUUCCAACAUGUUGUCACAUGGAUUAAAACAAAACAUGAACCAUUUUAUACAUUUUUGACAGGUGGAGCAGGAUGUGGAAAAUCUGUUGUUGUAAGAGCAAUAUUUCAAGCUUUACACAGACACUUGUGUUCCAUUGAAGGUGAGGACCCUGAUGAUAUUAGAAUUCUUCUUUGUGCUCCUACUGGAAAGGCAGCUUACAAUAUAAAUGGUCUGACUAUUCACAAUGCAUUCCAAAUACAACCAAAUAAAGGACUUGACCAGUCACUGUCAUGUGAUGUUCUAAAUACACUCCGAAUGAAAUACAGAAAUUUGUCAGUGAUUUUGAUUGAUGAAAUUUCAAUGGUUGGAAACAAAAUGUUCUCCUUACUGGAGAGAAGGCUGAAAAAAAUCAAGGGAAGCAACUCUUCAUUUGGUGGAGUUAGUAUAAUAGCUAUUGGUGACUUUUUCCAACUUCAACCUGUAUUUGACAGUUGGAUUUUCAAUGAUCUAAGCAAAGGAUUAACAGCAUUAUCACCUAAUUACUGGAAAUUAUUAUUUUCUUUUCAUGAACUUACUGAAAUAAUGAGACAAAAAGAUGAUUUACAAUUUGCUGAAUUAUUAAAUAGGUUGAGACAAAAUCAGCUUACUGAAAAUGAUUUUGCAGUUUUAAGUACCAGAGCUGUUUCAAUCACUGAUCCAGCAUACAGAACUAAUGCUACUCAUUUGUUUGUUGAAAAUGCUUUAGUGGAUAACUUUAAUUUUCAAUACAUAUCUAAAUUAUGCUCACAAAAAGUAAAAGUUAAAGCAGUUGACACAGUUUGUGGAGAUUUAGGGACAUCUGUAAAAGAAAAAUUACUUAGUUCUUUACCACAAAAACAGUCUGAUACAGCCAAUCUUGCAAAAGAAGUAAUAUUAGCAAUAGGGAUGAAAUAUGAUCUUACAGCUAAUAUUGAAGUCACUGAUGGUCUCACAAAUGGUUCAACAUGUGUACUUAAAUUGGUUGAGUGCAAAACUACAUCUUUAAGACCAAGUAUUAUCUGGGUUAAGUUUGAGGAUGCUAGAAUUGGUGCUAACAAUAGAAAAAAAUAUUCCCACUUGUAUGGAAAAGAUGUUGAAAAAACAUGGACACCAUUGUUUGAUAUUAAAAGGUCAUUUACUUAUAGAUAUAAGACCUUUGAAAGAAUUCAGUUUCCUCUUCGUCCAGCAGCUGGAAAAACAAUUCAUAAAUCUCAAGGUGAUACAUUACAAGAAGUUGUUGUUAGUCUGAAAUCAAAACGUAAAGGGAAAAUACCACAUAUUCACUAUGUUGCACUUAGCAGAGUAACAUCUUUAUCUGGAUUACAGAUAUUAGAUCUCAAUCAAGAAACAAUAGCUGUAGCUGAUUGUGUUAAACAAGAAUUACACAGACUAAGGACAGAUGCAACUUUACAGUUGUGCUUUAAGCCAUUGUAUAAAUUGUCAAAUAAUUAUUUUAAAGUAGUUUUUAACAAUGCAAGAUCAUUGCAUGCUCAUUUUAAAGAUCUAAAAUCAGACCCUAACAUCUUGGAUGCUGAUGUCAUUGGAAUUGCUGAAUCAAGACUUAUUUCAACAGACGAAAAUGAUGAUUUUUGUAUUGCUGGUUUUAACACACCAGUACGCUUAGAUCAAAAACCAACAAAUAUUAAUACAAGACCACCUCAUGGGUUGGUAUUAUAUUAUCGGACAGAUUGUAUUCUUCACAAUACAGUCACUUUCUCAACUCCAACUUUAGAGUUUGUUAUAGCAGACAUAAUAUCACCCACCAAAGGUCUUUUUCAAAUUGUCUUUGUUUACAAGGCACCAAUCUGCAAAUUGCAACAACUGAAAGAUACUUUACUUGCACACCUUCUCCCUGAUAUGUAUUUAAGACAUCCAAAAAUUAUUAUUAUGGGAGACUUUAAUAUUGAUUUAAACACUGGAAACACUUCUUUCUUAAAGUUCAUGAGAGAUACAUUUUGCUGUUCGCAAAUUGUGUCUAAUGCUACUACAUCUUAUGGCACAUUAUUAGACUUAAUUUUCCUAAAUUUUGAUAGUAAAGUAAAUUUUGAAACAGAUGUUCUUGAUUGCUUUUGGUCAGAUCAUAAAGUUAUAUAUGUGGCCAUUGAAACACAAUGA